AUAGCUGCAGCCUACACACACUGCGAGCCUGCUGCUGCUUCACUCGCUCUGAUCACCACCGAGGGAGACAUUACUAUCAGCAAGGGGGCAGCGGGAGGCACAAUUACCCGCCAACAAUGUAAAUCUCACACAGGUUCAAAAUGAUAGCAGCAUCUAUCAGGUGAAAAAGGUGAACUGCAGCACUAAAACAGGCAGAACUGAGUGGAAACCUUGUGAUAACCACCACAUCACUCCUCUCUCCAUCACCCAGCGUCAUGGCUAAUGCUGAGGAAGUGGAGCAGGCAGGUCUGUCAGACUUGGAGAUCAUCUCCCAGCCGGUGGAGGAUGAGAACCAGUGCUUGGCUCCUCCAGUCCAGCUGGUGAGUUUUGGCUACAGAGAUCUGCCCCUCGCAGCUCUGGACCUCUCGCUAGCUGGCUCGCAGCUCCUUUCCAACGCAGAUGAAGAUGAAAACAGAGAAGGGUCCAACUGGUUGAAGCCAUGCUGCGGUCGUCGAGUGGCCCUGUGGCAGGUCUGUCUGCUCAGCGCUGGCUUCAACUGUAUCCUGGUGGCCUGUGUCAUCCUGGUGGUGCUUUUCCUGUCUUUGGAGCUGCUCAUAGACACCAAACUCCUACAAUUUUCCAAUGCUUUCCAGUUUGCCAGCAUUAUCCACUGGAUCAGCCUUAUCAUCCUGUCACUCUUCUUUUCAGAGACUGUCUUCAGAAUUGUAGUGCUCGGGAUCUGGGACUACAUAGAAAACAAAGUUGAGGUGUUUGAUGGUGCUGUCAUCGUGCUGUCGCUGGCCCCCAUGGUGGCCUCUACGGUGGCCAACGGGCCCAGCAGCCCCUGGGAUGCCAUCAGCCUCAUCAUCACCCUACGCAUCUGGAGGGUUAAGAGGAUCAUUGAUGCUUAUGUGCUACAAGUCAAAGUUGAGAUGGAACUGGAGAUUCAGCAGUGUGAGAAGACCAAGGCUGUGAGAGAGGAGCAGCUGGAGCGUCUCACUCAGAUCUGCCAGGAACAGGCUUUUGAGAUCAGGCAGCUCAGGGCCCAUUUGGCCCAGCAGGACCUGGACCUUGCAGCAGAACGUGAAGCAGCCAUGCAGAUCCACCACGUAUGGGGCAAACAGGGCAGGAGUUUUCAGGUUGUAGAAGGUUUGACUCCUGGGGAGUCUGAUGAUGAGGGCGGCCAGAGAAACCCAAGAGAGUCCCAUGCCGCUGCAGAUCCAGUUGUGCAUGAUGACAUGAACAACUACAUCAGCCAGUACUACAGCGAAGCAAGCAGUGAUGCUGGGGCCUCUGGCUUAGGCACUCGGACCAUCACCAUGGCAGCCAUUGACGUUCACCUCCCCACCAAUACAAAUCCUAUUCAGUCAAACCCGAUGCUUGUUAUGGAGCGGGUGGGCAGCGCUGUAAGUGAUGCCUCCACCAGCAUAUUACGGUCCAGUGGCAGCCUGACGGCCCGGCCCCACAGCCUGAGUAGCCACACCCCGGCUUCAUCUCUGACAGACUGCAGCAGCAGCACAGCUCAGGACCUCAGUCUGAGCUACAGCUCUCAUCGCUGCUGCCCUCCUUCCUUCUCAGGCCAAGACCCCUGCAGGGACCCCAGCAUGGUGGUGCAGGAACUACUCUCCUCCCUCUCUGAGGAUUCCUGCCUUGCUCAAAAGGGCCUAGCCGUGGACCCUGUCAACCUUAAGCUUCCUAGCCCUACAGGCUCAGAAAAGGCCAGCCCUGAGCUGGAUAACAGAAUAAACAUCUUCAACCGCAGGAACCAAGAGGAGAGGCGGGGCCGCGGAAGGGGUUGUGUGCUGUUGCAGACCAAGCCACUGAUCCACCUGCAGGGCAGCACCACUGAGCCAUCCCUGGAGGAGAAGUACCGGCUCCUGGGACCAUCUGACACACCUCUGGGGCACAUGCCUGAUACAUAAACUACAUUUACACAGAAACAGAAAGUUUUUUUCUCUUUAAACUGCCACCCUGUUUGGCAUAUAUCCGAAACUCUUGUGGCAGGUUAAACCUCACGAGAGGGACCACAUAAGAUUUAAAAAAUUGGAUUUUCCUGUUGCUGUGUAAAUCCAGUCUUAGCCAAUCCAGAGCAAGCUUGAGCCUUUGCUUCCAGCUAACACUGAUGCUCCUUAACUUGACAUGUUCAGAAGUCAGUAGUAGAAAUGACAAUAAGAACUCUUAGGCCCUUCGCCAUACUGUCCAACCUCCCCCGUUCCUCUGUGAUGGAUUUUUAAAAUCAGAAAUGCCCUGAAAUAGCACAAAAAAGACAAUAACAUCCCUAUAAUGGGGAGUCUAAUGUGUUCUUGGACACAUUUCUCAUCAGGAAUUCUCACUUUGAAUAGGUCCUAAAUGCACUGAACUUUACAUGAAUUAAAACCAGCAAGGGACCAUUCAAGCCUAUACUGAACAAAAACCUAUAUGCUGAACAGUGUUGCAAACUAAGACGCCGUUCUCUGCAGUUAAAAGGAGUUUUUUUUUUAAUCGCAUUUUUCUUGUUAUUCUGUUUCUUUUCAUUUGUAUUAUUAACUUUAGACAUGAAUCAUGCUGUCUUUCUUCAAACAGCCACAGGGUAUAUAAGACUGGCUUAACUAUUCAAACAGCCAAUUUUCCUUUUUUUUUCUUUUUUAAACCUUUGCCUUUCUGUCACCUAUUCGUUUGAAACCAUUGAACAUCAAAAUGUUCUGAAUAGCAUUUUUGUUUUA